UAAAUAUUGACGUUUUCCUGAUGGUUUGGUCGAUCGUAUUGUACCUAAUAUUUGCAUUUUGAUUAAAGGCUUUCCUUUCGCAGAAAGGAUGAUCUGUAAGAACGGCGUUCCAGUGCGAAAUGCACCAAACCUUCACGAGGCUGCAUUCUCAGGUGACACACGAGAGGCGUCCCAAGCCCUUGAUAAUGGACAGAGUCCAAAAGAGUUUGAUGAAUCUGGCUCCACAGCAGUGCAUAAGGCUGCUGCAAAUGGACAUCUGGAAGUUCUUAAACUGCUAAUUCAACAUGGUGGAGAUAUUGAAUUGCCUGACAUGUCUGGUUGCAUGCCACUACAUGUCGCAGCAAGAAAUGGCCAUCUGACCUGUGUGAAGUACUUAGUUUUGCAAGGGGCAGACUUCAGAUUGAAAUCAAAGAAAGGAAACACAGCAAUGGCUAUGGCCAAAGCCAACAGUCAGCAGAAAGUUGCAGAGUAUUUGUCAAACUGUGACAGGGAAAAGUUUGCUUGGGAGGUUGUAUAAGAAUCCAAGUUGUCGUGGACAUAAGGCUGUCUGGAUGUAACAUAACAUGUAUUUAAUAAUAUGUGUUUAACAAAGUAACAGGAAAUAUUAUAAAUUGUUAAUGAGGAUUACUUGAAUGUAUUAAUAAUAAAGA